CAAACGGGAAAACCAAACCAAAAAACAGAGGAGAAAAAAAGCUUUCAAUUUUCUGGGAAAAUGGCGUUUGCUGUUGCUUCUCCUUCAUCGACUGCAAUUUCUGGUCCUCCUUUUUCUUGUUCUAGUGCCUCCUCUGAGCUUAAAGCUUCGCAGAUUGGUUCAGUUAGGUUAUUGGAGCGUUCUCAUGGCCAGUCUUCGGCUCUGAAUAUCUCUCAAAGAAAGAGCGCAGUGAAGCCUCUAAAUGCCGAGCCUAAACGAAACGAUAUGAUCGUGCCAUUCGCGGCGACCGCUAUUGCUCCUGAGGUGGAAGAGAAGGAAAAAGUAGAAGCCGAGGAUUAUGAACAACUGGCUAAAGACCUUGAAAACGCUUCCCCACUUGAAAUUAUGGACAAGGCCCUUGAGAAAUUCGGCAAUGACAUUGCAAUUGCGUUCAGUGGAGCUGAAGAUGUUGUUUUGAUAGAGUAUGCUUAUUUAACUGGUCGUCCCUUUAGGGUGUUCAGCCUGGACACUGGGAGAUUGAACCCGGAAACGUAUCGAUUUUUUGAUGCAGUUGAGAAGCACUAUGGCAUACGCAUUGAAUACAUGUUUCCUGAUGCUGUGGAAGUUCAGGCAUUAGUGAGGAGUAAGGGUCUCUUCUCAUUUUAUGAGGACGGGCACCAGGAAUGCUGCCGGGUGAGGAAGGUGAGGCCCCUUCGGAGGGCCCUGAAGGGGUUGAGAGCCUGGAUCACUGGUCAAAGGAAGGACCAAUCUCCAGGAACUAGGUCUGAAAUUCCUGUUGUCCAAGUAGACCCAGUAUUUGAAGGCUUGGAUGGUGGAAUUGGCAGCUUGGUGAAGUGGAACCCUGUGGCAAAUGUCAAUGGCGUUGACAUAUGGAACUUCCUUCGCACCAUGGAUGUACCUGUGAACUCAUUGCAUUCGCAGGGGUACGUCUCAAUUGGCUGUGAGCCAUGCACGAGACCGGUUCUACCCGGACAACACGAGAGAGAAGGAAGGUGGUGGUGGGAGGAUGCCAAAGCUAAGGAGUGUGGCCUCCACAAGGGAAAUAUCAAACAGGAAGAUACGGCUCAGCUUAACAGCAAUGGUAAUGGAGCUGCUGCUGAGACUGAUAUUUUCAACUCGCAGAAUUUGGUCACCUUAAGCCGGGCUGGGAUAGAGAACUUGGCAAAGCUGGGGAGCCGGAAGGAACCAUGGAUUGUUGUGCUCUAUGCCCCAUGGUGCCAAUUCUGCCAAGCUAUGGAAGGAUCAUACCUUGAAUUGGCGGACAAGCUAGCGGGUAGUGGCGUGAAAGUUGGUAAAUUUAGAGCGGAUGGCGAGCAAAAGGAGUAUGCUAAGGCGGAAUUGCAGCUUCAAAGCUUCCCCACAAUUCUUUUCUUCCCUGGACACUCAGCUCAACCAAUCAAGUACCCCUCAGAGAAGCGGGAUGUUGAUUCUUUGAUGGCUUUUGUAAACGCCCUUCGGUGAUGCUGCUCAUGCACAUCAUGAAUCAAUAAAUGGCCUGUUAUCCAAGGACUGAAGUCCAAGGCUCCCAUGAAAAUUUUGUAGGUAAAACAUAGAUUGGAGCUGGAGUCAACAGACAGUUGGCGAAACAAAAGGGAAAUGGCCUUCAUACAUUCAUUUUAGCAAUAGAUUAUAUCGUGUUCUUUUUGUUUGAAACCUAGGUCAAGGAAGUGUAAUUGUGUUGUAUAUUGAUAUCUUCGUCGUGUUGCUUUGCUUCCUGUCAGUCUCUAGAAGUUUUGAGGGAGGGAGCUUUUGUAGUCCGGUACUAUUCUUCUCUCUGGUUGGAUGCCGAAGAAAUGUGGAUCUAUUUGAUAUGUCAAAUUUUAGAUUUUUCGUUCCUA